AUGCUGGCUUUAAUGGGCAAUGUGACUACCUUCACUCUUAACAAAGCCUUAGGCGAGAUUGGAGGAACUCGGGAAUCUGGAGCUUACCAGAAGUGGCUAAGAUACAGCAAAGAGAGACGUCGACACAACAUGCCUGCAGGCGGUCAGACUGGGAUAUUAGGCGCUAGAAAUAAGCGUCUUGGGGAACUCUGGACGGCUCUCCCUCUGGAUCACCGCAGAGUAUUUCAUCCUCCUGUCUUUUAUGCUCUUUCCGGUCUUUCACAUUCCGCUGUUGAAGGAAGUGAUGAUGAAGAUGAAGAACCUGUACAACCUCUGGUGCUUGACCCUGAAGAACGAACUCACUUACAGGCUUUAUAUGAUGAGUUAGUUUGUAAGGAGAGGGUAGCUCAGGAUUAUGCUAAGAUGACAGCCGGCAUUCCAGAUGGACCAACUCUGCCUGAUUACAAUCAAAAAUCAAAGAAAUGUUUGGAGCGUAUUCACACUCAGCUUCAUAACGAAUCCAAGAACAUGGAUUUUGCUUACUAUCUUCUAGCUUGCAGCACACACGCUGAAACCGAGUCAAGCUCAUCUUCUCCCGGAUGGUGCAAAGAGUUCACAUCACACCAAGAGAUGGCGUUGUAUGUAAACAAGAAAAGUAACUUCGGAACUGUAUUUGCAGCUCGGGUCCAAGGCCUCUCCGUUGCUGAGGCCGUUGCGGCUACGAUUGGAGGAAGUACUAUGGUUGAAAGUGAGAAGUCUCGAAAGACUGAUCCUGGAGAUAAAGUUAAGAUGGAUCUGGCUGCUUUACUUCGAUCUAAAUUUAGUAAAAUGAUUGGCUACGAACAUGGAUUUCCAAGAGGACCUGAUCCGGAAAGGAUUUUGGAAAACAAGUAUUUACUCAAAAUCAUUCAAUUACGUGGAUCAAAACUUCCAAAGGAGGUCUUGAAGCUAGGAUUCAAUGGUAUGAACAGCCGUAGGAAGAUUUGGCUGGAAGAUGUCCAGGCACACCUUUUCAAGAUAGUUAAAAUGUCAUCCUCCCACUCUGACGAUGAACAUGAAGAUCAUAAUAACCCUGGUAAUUCUGAUUCUGAACAAGAUGUAAUGAUGACUCAAGAUAUUCAAAAUAACCUGGAAACUGAUGACCUAAUCGGCUCAGAAGAGGAGUGGAAUGGCUUAGGUGAAGAUUUUGACGAGGAAUAA